CAUUGUCUUUUGGCAAUUAGAAUCUAGUUUUGCUUCUUAUAUUCAAAAUCUUCUAGGCUUUUUCUUUUAACAGUGCCAAUGAUCCAAGACGAAUCAUCUUCUGUAAUAUCAUCACCUCUCCAAGUUUUUUCCAUGAUGUCACUCUCGCCUAAGUUAGGAUCACCAUAUCCAUGGCUUAGAGAGUUAAAAUCUGAAGAAAGGGGUUUAUAUUUGAUCCAUUUAUUGCUCACUUGUGCUAAUCAUGUAGCUACUGGUAGCCUUGAAAAUGCAAAUAUUUCCCUUGAGCAAAUAUCCCAACUUGCUUCUCCUGAUGGUGAUACUAUGCAGCGAAUGGCUGCAUAUUUUACUGAGGCACUUGCUGACAGAAUCCUGAAAGGCUGGCCUGGUCUCCACAAGGCCCUCAAUUCCACAAAGAUAACUUUGGUUUCAGAAGAAGUCCUUGUUCGGAAACUGUUUUUUGAGAUGUUCCCCUUUUUGAAGGUGGCCUUUGUUCUUACCAACCAAGCUAUAAUCGAAGCAAUGGAAGGUGAGAAGAUGGUUCAUAUAAUUGAUCUCAAUGCAGCUGAACCCUCACAGUGGAUUGCACUUAUUCAAGCAUUGAGUGCAAGGCCAGAAGGGCCACCUCAUUUGAGAAUUACUGGGAUUCAUCAACAGAAAGAAGUCUUGGAUCAAAUGGCUCAUAGAUUGACUGAACAAGCUGAGAAAUUAGACAUUCCGUUCCAGUUUAAUCCCAUUGUUAGCAAAUUAGAGAAUCUUGACACUGAGAAAUUGCGUGUUAAAACAGGGGAGGCUCUGGCAAUCAGCUCUGUUCUCCAACUGCACUUGCUUUUGGCUUCUGAUGAUGAACUCCUUCGGAAGAAAUCACCAUUAGCAUCAAAGAAUUUGGAUGGAAUUCACUUGCAAAGAGCCCUUCAAUUGAACCAGAGCACUUUAGGAGAGUUGCUUGAAAAAGAUAUGGUUAAUGGAUGUAGCCCUAGCCCUGAUUCAGCCUCAUCCUCACCGCUAUGGUCAACUGCUUCAGUGAAGGCAGAUAGCUUUCUUAAUGCAUUGUGGGGUUUGUCACCUAAACUCAUGGUGGUAACAGAACAAGAUUCUAAUCAUAAUGGAUCUACUCUAAUGGAGAGGUUAUUAGAAUCUCUUUACUUCUAUGCAGCAUUGUUUGAUUGUUUGGAGUCUACCGUCUCAAAAGCAUCUUUGGAGAGACUUAAAGUGGAAAAGAUGCUGUUUGGAGAGGAAAUAAAGAACAUAAUAGCCUGUGAGGGAGCUGAGAGGAAGGAGAGACAUGAAAAGCUUGAGAAGUGGAUUCAAAGGCUUGAUUUGGCCAGCUUUGGAAACGUUCCUUUGAGUUACUAUGGCAUGUUGCAGGCGAGGAGAUUGCUGCAGGGUUAUAACUGUGAUGGGUAUAAAAUGAAGGAAGAGAAUGGAUGCGUAGUAAUUUGCUGGCAAGAUGGAUCACUGUUUUCAAUAUCAGCUUGGAGGUGUAGGAAGUAAACUAUGGCAACAUUUAAUUUCCUGGUAUCUAAGUUUUU